AGGUAAGAUUAAUUUCUCAUCGAAUUAGAUGCUAGUCUCUAGUCUCUCACCUUCUCCCACCUCUCCGGAAUUGCAAUAAGCCCCAUUGCAACUGCGACCGCAAUCGCUAUCGCUAUUGCGAUUGCAACUGACUUCAGCUCGCCCCCUAGCGGAGAUUUUCCCAACUACGAUCAAACCCAACGAACGGCUGGCAACCAACGAAAGCAGAUCACAAAGUUUGAAUUUAACAACACAAACAAAACUUUUUGUGGUUGUUUUAAGAAUAUAAAUUUCCGUUUCUUCCUUGUGCUUGGUUAAUAGUCCACCCAUGUGACCAUGUAUGUAUAUGUUGCUGUAACUUGUCUUCAAAUUGAGCGUAUUUGAGUUAAAAUCAUCAGACUGAAAGACCCCAUAAUGUUUUACAGCAAAGAUUAUGAAAACCGCAUUUUAAACCAGACUACUACGCCACCAUCGACACCUCCGCACAAGGGUACCCAAUCUCCUGGUGGAGAUAGAUUUAUUCCGUCUAGGAAAGGCAACAGUUGGGAAUCUCGAUUUGCAGCAUGUUCAGAAACUAAUGUCAGCUCUUCGCAUCACAAGAAAACUGGUAAUGAUACUGGAGACUCAAAGCGUGAUGGGACUGUCUACAGAUGCCUUCUCAAAAACGAAUUACUUGGCAGUAAUAUUGAUACACUAAAACAAUUAGACAAUGAUAAGGAUACUUCGAAUCUUUUUGAGUAUCUUCCACAAGUUAAGGUCCCAACUUCUCCUUAUUCAUUAUCUCCUCUAAGUGCUAAAAGUCAUCAACUCCUUCGCUCACCUUUGAGGGCACGAAAAAUUCCUAUAGUUCCUUUUAAGGUUUUAGAUGCUCCUGAUCUUCAGGAUGACUUUUAUCUCAAUUUAGUUGAUUGGUCCUCUGAGAAUGUACUUGCUGUUGGCCUAGGUGCUAGUGUGUUUCUAUGGAGUGCAUCUUCUAGUGAAGUAACAAGGCUUUGUGAUCUUACUCAUGAAGGAAACUCUAUUACAUCAGUUGCUUGGAAUGAGAAGGGAAAUCUGGUUGCUGUUGGCACACAUGAUGGCUAUGUUCAAAUUUGGGAUGUGAGCAUUAGUAAAGAAAUAAAUAAACUACGUGGCCAUUCUGCAAGAGUUGGUGCACUUGCUUGGAAUGGAGACAUUCUUACUUCGGGAAGUCGUGAUAAAGACAUUCUUCAAAGGGACGUGCGCACUCCAGCAUUAGUACCUGAGAGAAGAUUAGUUGGACAUAAUCAAGAAGUUUGUGGUCUGAAGUGGUCACCAGAUAACCAGUGUUUGGCUUCAGGUGGAAAUGAUAAUAAACUUCAUGUUUGGAAUUUACAUUCAUUAUCUCCUGUUCAAACAUAUACCCAACAUGUAGCAGCUGUGAAAGCUAUUGCUUGGUCUCCUCAUCAUCAUGGACUGUUGGCAAGUGGAGGAGGCACUGCAGAUCGGCGUAUUCGCUUUUGGAAUACCCUUACAGGCCAGCCUAUGCAGUGUGUUGAUACUGGCAGUCAAGUUUGUAAUCUUAUUUGGUCCAAGCACACCCAAGAAUUUGUCAGCACUCACGGUUAUUCUCAGAAUGAAAUUUUGGUUUGGAAAUACCCAAGUUUAGUGCAAGUUGCUAAACUAACUGGACACUCCUAUCGCGUUCUUUACCUAGCAAUGGCUCCUAAUGGAGAGGCCAUUGUAACAGGUGCUGGUGAAGGUACACUGAGGUUCUGGAAUGUCUUCAGUAAAGCUAGAUCUCAGAAGGAAAGUAAAUCAGUACUCAAGUUGUUCUCCAGUAUUCGUUAGUUUGUUGUUUUUUAAAUAAGAAAAGCUGUUCCUUAAUGUACCUGAUGUCACUUUUUUGGCAUAAUUCACAUCAAGUGAAGAAAAAAAAAAGUAUGGCCAAGUAUAUCUUGAUGUUCGAACUUUUUGUUAGUAAACCCUCAAGACUGUAAAUCUUUAUUUGUUUACUUGUGUGAUGAACCCACACAGUCCAUGUGCGGAAGACAGUUGUGUAUUGUCUCUCGCUCUAUUUACUUCAUCCAAAUAUUUUUGCAUUUUUUAAUUUUUUUCAUGUUUUUUUUUUUUUUAAUUAACAUGUAGGAUUAAAGUAAAUCCCAAUUUCUGGAUUAGUUAUUCUUUGAGAGUUUCUUUGAAAUGUGUACUCUGUUAAUAUGAAAAGUUCAGUUAAAGGUAUUGUCUCAAAAACUAAUUUUAUCAACUUGUGAUAUCUGAGAGUUAAUGUUUUAUGUGAGAUUUCAAUCAUUUGGAAAUAAGUCUCCUUAUACUUUUAAGUGUCUUUAUUUUUCUCUACUCUUAGCACUUGUUUAAAUGUAAAGAUAUUUGUGAAAGCAUAAUGAAUUAACUCCAGAGCUCUUCAAAAUUGUUUUUUUUUAGAUUGGUCAGUCAGUUGAUCAGAAAAUGAGAUUUUGCAGUGCUGUGGAAUAUUCUUAUGGUAUAGAAUAAUCUUUUUACCCCUCUUAUGUAAACUUCGGCUUGGCUAUACCAUUUUGAAGUUUAAAAUUCAAACAAUGUUUUGCUAUUGGGCCUCUGUCUGCAUUAGUCAUAGAAUUGUUUAUGCUAAUUACCAAAGCACAUAUGUUUGUGCUUUUAGCCUUUGUUUUUCUUUUGGGAUAUUGAAUUGCUCAUGUUCAGACUUUCAAUAUGAUGUAGUGACUUAAGACUAUGUAAGAGAAUCUGCCAAAGAAAAAGCCAGAUUGUCCAAGUUCCAGGGGGUAGCAAUCAUUGUUCUCAAUGUGCCAUUAACUUCAUUGUCCUUCCUAAAUCAUCUCCUUAAUAACAUACACAUCUCCCAAUCAGCUCUUUAGUCUACUUUAUAAUCCUUUCCAUUCUAGAAGAAAUUCUAGAAAGAUUUCUUUUAUCUGACUUAAAAUGCAAGGAUAUGUGUACUACUUUUGGUUAUUCUAUAUUUAUGAUUGUUACAGUUACCAAUGUUACAGUUUAUUUGUUAUAAAUAAAACAGUUAAGACAUACAA